ACUUUUACAAUCAAAUUCAUUUUGGCUGGCGGAGUUUUUGAAUAAAUACCACUCCUCUUUUGUGACCAAUAUCAUAACACAACUCCUCCCUGGGGUGACCUCAAUUAAGUAACACACCCACCAAAGCUCCAACUCCACACACCCAACUAUUUGUCUCAUCUUCUCCGAUCAGUAAAAAAAAUGGGUGCCGGGGGGAACAUGGCAGCUACUGAGGAUUCUGGUCACAAGGCCAAGAGGGUCAGGGGAACAAACGUUCUCCCUCGAGCUCCCCACGAAAAGCCGAAUUUCACACUUCGGGACUUGAAGAAGGCCAUACCGCCACAUUGUUUCGAACGGUCACUUUUGCACUCUCUGGCUUACCUUAUAGUGGAUUGGAUUGCCAACUAUCUUAUGUACUAUGUGGCCUCCAAUUACUUUCACCUUCUACCCUACAAACUGGCAUAUCUGGCCUGGCCGAUUUACGGGUUCUGUCAAGGUUGUGUUAUGUAUGGCCUUUGGGUCAUUGGUCACGAAUGUGGCCACCACGGCUUUAGCGACUAUCAAUGGGUUGACGACGCGAUAGGUCUUUUCACUCAUUCUCUCAUUCUCUGCCCUUACUACUCGUUCAAGAUCACUCACCGCCGCCACCACGCCAACACCUCGAAUCUUGACCGUGAGGAGGCUUACGUGCCGCAGACCAAACCGGAUCCGAAUUCAUGGUACUGGGGAAUUUAUGGCACAUCGGGUCGCAUUGGAGUGUUGCUUUUUAAAGUGACAUUAGGCUGGCCUUCGUACCUUCUUUUCAAUAUGGCUGGAAGAGGCUACACAAAAUUCGCAAACCAUUUCUAUCCCUACAGUCCUAUGUAUUCGGCACGAGAACGAAUCGAAAUCUUGAUCUCGAACGCUGGAAUUCUCGCGAUGCUUUACGCGCUCUAUCUUUUAACCGUCGCCAAAGGCCUUUCCCACACACUACUUGCAUACGGCAUUCCUUUACUAGUCCACAACGCUUUUCUCGUAAUUGUGACGUGCUUUCAACACACGCACCCUUCGCUGCCUCGCUACGAUUCAUCCGAAUGGGAUUGGUUCAGGGGAGCUCUUUCGACAGUCGACAGAGACUACGGAAUUCUGAACCAUGUGUUUCAUCAUGUCACCGAUAGUCACGUAGUGCAUCAUUUGCUGUCCACAAUCCCUCAUUAUCACUCGAUGGAGGCGACGGAAGCCAUUAAGCCGAUACUGGGAGAUUAUUAUCAGUACGAUCCGACUCCGUGGUACAAAGCCAUGUGGAGGGAGAUCAGGGCGUGUCUUUAUGUGGUGCCUGAUGAGGAUGAGAAGAACAAAGGGGUGUAUUGGUUCAGUAACAAGACCAAGUAUGAUGAUUAAUCAGUUUAUGUGAACCAACUACAUUAUGGACAUGAUUCAUCCAAUUUCAUCUUUAAGAGAACAGGGGAAUUGAAAUUUUCAAACUUUGUAUGUGCUAUAAAGAUGAUGUACCCAGCUGUGAAGUUGUAUAUCGAAUUAGAAAUAAUACUAUAGCUUAAUUCUGAAAUAAA